GCAGGCUGCUGAGUUUGAGGAAGCAUCGCAAGUAAUAAGAACUGCAAACUUGUAUGGUCAACAGUUGCAGUCUGGAGUUCAAAGCUACUCCAAGGCAACGGUUUUAUGCGAACCUGCGCCUCUGACUGUGGACCGGUUACUCAGCCGGUGGAUCUCCUGGACACCACCUAAGCAGUCAUGGGCAAGCUGCUUUUGGCGUUGGUAGGUGUGGUUGUCGUCAUCAUGUUAAUAUCGAUCCCAACGGCAAUACAUUUAAAUAGACAAGGGGCUAAAGAAAAGAGAAUCUAUACAUUUGCUGACUACUUCAAUGAUACCAUUAGGUACAAGAAAUAUGGUGUCUACUGGAUAUCAGAUAAUGAAUAUCUUCAUAAGUCAAAAGAAGGACAUGUGAUGCUCCAUAAUGUUGAAACUAAAGAAAUAUCUCACUUUAUAACCAACACAACAUUUACUCAAGUCGAUUCUACAGACUACAUAGUUUCUGCUGAUCGGAAAUAUAUUUGUUUUGAGAGUAACUAUUCAAAGCAAUGGAGACACAGCUUCAGCGCCUCUUUCUCCCUAUAUGACCUGGAUAAUUCGAGUUUCAUCACCUCGGACUUCCCCCAAGCUGUACAACUCUUGACAAUGGCCCCUUCAGGAAGCAUGCUGGCAUACACAUGGAGAAACAACAUCUAUCUGAAGCAGUCUGCCACCAGCCCAUCAGUGCAAGUGACAUGGAAUGGACAGGAGAACCAUAUUCUUAAUGGCAUCCCAGACUGGGUUUAUGAAGAGGAAGUCUUUGCAUCCAACGAGGCUAUGUGGUGGUCUACGACCGGCAAGUUUCUGGCCUACCUCGAACUGAACGAUAGCAACGUUCACACCAUUGAUUAUUCAUGGUUUGGAAAUGGACAAUACCCAGUCACGGUUGCAGUACCAUACCCAAAGGCUGGCUCACCCAUUCCCAAGGCGAAACUCUAUGUAAUUGACACAGCUAAUCCAACAAAGCGUGCACAGGUUGUUGUGCCAGAUGCAAUCGGUUCAGGCGAUCACUACAUGAGUUCAGUCACCUGGGUGACAGAUGAUCGGGUGGCUGUGCAGUGGACCAAGCGGAAGCAGAACCACGUCCUGUUGCAGAUCUACGACUUUGAUGGGACUAACUGGGUUGCAAACAAUAAUUUUGAACAAAUGAGCAAAACUGGCUGGGUGGGCCAAUUCAAUCCUUCGCCGCCAUUUUUCGCAGAAGACAAAAUGAGUUUCUACAAGGUCAUGAGUGACUCCAGAGGAUACAAGCACAUCCACCACAUUACAGGCGGUGAAGCCAAACCCAUUACCUCAGGCAACUGGGAAGUGAUCUACAUCUCCAGGCUGACCAAGUGUGCCAUAUAUUACAUAAGCAAUGAACACAUGGGAAGGCCAGGCCAGAGAAAUCUUUACAAGGUCAACAUAUGCGGUGGCAGUAGUCAACCGCGCUGCUUAACCUGCUCGGUGCAUCCAGAAAGGUGUCAGUACAACUUAGGUCACAUCUUCAGCAAAAACGCCUCUUACGUCCGCAUGGACUGCUACGGUCCUGGCGUUCCUCUGUUUACUAUGCUUGAUAACGAAGGCAAUGAGCUGGAGCUUUUGGAGGACAACAGUAAGCUGCAGUCUAUCCUGACAGAGUUCCACAUGCCUACUAUUCGCCGAGGCACACUGAGACAUGAAGGAUUUGACCUCUGGUACCAGAUGAUGCUGCCACCAAAUUUUGACGAGUCUAAGAAAUAUCCCCUGUUAAUUUAUGUGUACGGAGGGCCGUGCAGCCAGACGACGGACUUCUCCUUCCGCCUGGGCUGGUCCACGUUCCUCUCCAGCUCCGAGGGCAUCAUCGUCGCCACCUUCGAUGGCAGGGGCAGCGGUUACCAGGGCGACAGCAUCAUGCACUCCAUCUACCAGCGCUUGGGAACGUAUGAGGUGGAAGAUCAGAUCUGGGCCGCAAGAAAAUUCAUUGAAAUGGGCUUCAUUGACAAAGACAGGAUAGCCAUUUGGGGUUGGUCCUAUGGAGGCUAUGUCACAUCUAUGGCCCUGGGCUCUGGCAGUGGAGUAUUCAAAUGUGGCAUGGCAGUAGCUCCCGUCGCCAAAUGGGAGUAUUAUGAUGCUGUGUACACUGAGCGUUACAUGAGUCGACCAGAGGAAAAUGAAGAUGGCUACAAGAACUCAACGGUCACUGCCAGGGCAAAGAAUUUUAAGGAUGUGGAAUAUCUACUGAUUCACGGAACUGCUGAUGAUAAUGUCCAUUUCCAGCAAGCCGCACAGAUCUCCAAAGCCCUCGUGGAUCAGAAGAUUGACUUUGAUGCAAUGUGGUACACUGACAAGGACCACGGUUUGGGUGGCAGUGCCACCUACCAUGUCUACAACCACAUGACACACUUUCUCCAGAAGUGCUUCAACCUACCCAAAUCAUAAAUAGAUGGCCGAUCUAAAAUCUGCACAUUCUCUGAACGAUCAAAAUUCAGUCCUUAAUAUUUCUGUGUAGUACAGUUGUUGUCUAAUGUACUUGAAUGUCCGAAUACAUUUCAGUCGUUUAACUUUGGACUGAGGAUUCCAGUUUGGUUGAAGUCUGUUGUUGCUGUUUUAUUAUUUUUUUUACAACUUGUUACUGGAAUAUUGAUUGUGCAGUGUGUGUAAAAUUUUGGCUGAUGCAUUUUUUUGUAUGGACAUGUUGUGGUUUAUUCUCAUCAAUGUGAACAAAUCUGAUGAACAAAAAGAUGUACUUAAAGAAUUAUGCAUGAGUCCAAUUUGCAGUUUUAAGCAUGCACGUGAUGGCAUUGCACUGAAUCCUUUGUUUCUGUGGGUAUAGAAGCUGAAUGGUCUCUCUGGACGUUGUUGUGCUAGUGACGUAUAUGGGAACAAACACAAAAAAUCAUAAACUGAGACCUCAUGUGACUGUUUCUUUGUAUCCAAAAAAAAUAACAUUUAUAAACCGUUGUAAUG